AUGGCUAUGACUAGUGUCAGAUUGCCCACCAGUAUUUUAAGAAAACCAGAUGCCUGGAUUGGACUCUGGGGAGCGCUACGAGGGACACCUUCACACAAACACUGUGCUUCCUGGAAUCGAUACCUCUAUUUUUCUAAUACCAAAUUAAAUGCACCAAGUUAUAAAACAUUUUUCCAUAAUAUUUUCUCACUGAGACUCCCAGGACUUUUAAUAGCUCCAGAAUAUAUUUUCCCAUUUUCUAUAAGGCUCAAAAGUAAAACAAGCUCUAAAAAAUCCACUAAAAAGGGUCUGCAGAAAGCCGAAGCUGAAGAGGACUCUGAUGAAGAGAGUGAUCAUGAGGUGGAUGAGCAAGAAGAGGAGCUGGAGGAUGACCCCAGUGUGGUCAAAGACUACAAAGACCUGGAGAAAGUAGUGCAGUCUUUUCGGUAUGAUGUCAUCCUGAAGACAGGCCUAGAUGUCGGCAGAAACAAAGUGGAAGAUGCAUUCUACAAAGGUGAACUCAGGCUGAACGGGGAAAAAUUAUGGAAGAAAAGCAGAACGGUGAAAGUGGGAGAUACGUUGGAUCUCCUAAUUGGAGAAGAUAAGGAAACGGAAACAGUGGUAGUGAUGAGGAUUCUCCUGAAAAAAGUGUUUGAAGAGAAGACGGAAAGUGAAAAAUACAGAGUGGUCUUACGACGGUGGAAAAAGUUAAAAUUGCCUAAACAGAGUGUGAUGAAAUAA